AGGUGACAAAGUGGAUGUUAAGCAAAGGUCAAGGAAGAACAAUGGGAAGCUAGUACACAUUGUUAAAUGCCUUGGCCAAGGAUGGAAGGGUUGAUGAAGCCGAAGAGCUUUGGAUGAAGUUAUUUUCUGAGAAUCUGGAAAGCAUGCCUCAUUAUUUCUAUGAUAAAAUGAUUUCUAUAUACUACCAUAGGGGAAUGCAUGAAAAUAUUUUUGAGAUAUUUGCUGACAUGGACGAGCUUGGCAUCCGACCAACUGUGUUGAUUGUUACAAUGGUUGGAGAUGUAUUUCAAAAGUUGGGUAUGUUGGACAAAUACGAAAAAUUGAAGAAGAAAUAUCCACCGCCAAAAUGGGAGUAUCGUUACAUUAAAGGAAAGUGUGUUAAAAUUAGAUCAAAGUAUCUCAAUGAACCUAGCAAGGGUUUGAAUAAGUUUGAUGAUCAAGCUGGCAACAAGUAUUGUGAAUUGUUAAACAAUGCUCAACUUCACUCAGAUGAAAUCAAUGACGUUGAUGAGUACAAAGUUGUUGAAGUAUGUUCAGCUGAAGUUGGUGAAACUAUCAUUUUAUGAUAUCCAUUAGUUUCAUAAUCAGUUACUUGUCUUAGGUUUCUGCUUGUUUGGGGCGUAUCACUUCUCUGUAGUUGUGGAGGGGAUAUUCAAUUCAACGGUUAUAUCACGUUGGUAUUAAUGAGAUGGUAUCACCAAUUACAAAAUCUCAAAUGGGCAAAGUGAACUUCACUGGAAUAGUUAUUAGUUUUACAUGAAAGAAGGGUGGAAGUUAUUUGUUUACAUGAACCAAUAGUUAUUGAUUUGUGUGGGGUCUAUUUUUUUAUUUGUCUGCAUAUUACUUGUUAGUGAUAUCACAUGAUAAUAUCAACAUGAUAUUACUGUUGCAAUGAAUAGUUUUUUUUCGUAGUCGUGAUGGUUGUAAUGUUAAAAGGGUUAUUAUCUUAUUAAGAGAUAUGGUGGCUCUCUUGAAUUCAUGCUUCCAGGCCCUUAAAGUGGCUUCAUAAUGUCCUAUAGUUGCCUAUGGAAAGAAUAAUAACGACAGUUGUACUUAAUUGAUGAUUAAAUUUAAAGAUAUAAUACAAUGUAAUCAAUUGAUUAUAUUCCACUUUUGUAGAGAAUUUAAGAAUUUUUGCAAAUUAGUAAUUUAUAAUAUAAAAUAAGGUAG